ACGCCGCCGCCGUCGCAAACCAUAAAAAACACCCCCCACUACCCACCCCAGGUCCCCAAACACCACCUCUCCGGUCUCCGACGGAGAGACGCAGGGGUUAGCAGGGGGUUGUCGGGGGCGGCGAUGGGGGAGUACGCGGCGGCCAAGACGGCGGUGUGGUGGGAUAUCGAGAACUGCGCCGUCCCCCGCAACUGCGACCCCCACCUCAUCGUCCAGAACAUGAGCUCCGCCCUCGCCACCGCCGGCUACGUCGGCCCCAUCUCCGUCUCCGCCUACGGCGACACCAGCGGUAUCGCCCACAACGUCCAGCACGCCCUCUCCAGCACCGGCGUCUCCCUCCACCACGUCCCCGCCGGCAUUAAAGAUGCAAGUGAUAAGAAGAUCUUGGUUGACAUGCUGUUCUGGGCUAUUGACAACCCUCCGCCAGCGAAUUAUCUGCUAAUCUCUGGUGAUCGGGAUUUCUCUAAUGCCCUUCAUAAGCUUAAGAUGAGGCGGUACAAUAUUCUUUUAGCACAACCUCCAAAUGUGUCUCAAACGCUUACUGCUGCAGCAAAGAGUGUUUGGCUCUGGAGAAGCCUUGUGGCUGGAGAACCACCAUUAGCAGUGUCACCAUACAUAAGCAGCGCAUCAAGUGGCAAUAAGGAUGAUUUGGAUACGUCAAGGAACACUGUUCCAAAUUCUUCAGCAGCAGCACAAGAUACUAACCCUCAAGUGCAGAAUUCUUCUCAGCGUGAUUAUCAAAAUGGUGGUAAUGGGAAGGUAGAUAAGCAAUCCAAAGUGAAGCAACCUCGAAAAAAUCAGACAGACAAUGCAUCUAAACCAGCAGGCAAAAAGGAAAAUUCAGUUGAUGGAGUUGCUGAUAAUUCCAAAGGAAGCACUGCUAACCAACCAAGUCAGCCUUCUACACCAUCAUCAAGUUCUUCAUCUAGUCCUGAACGCCAGAAUAGGGCAAAGGUGAACCAGACAAGUAUACCUAAAAACCCACCCCUUUUCCUGCCUAAAAAGCCUGCAAAACCCACUAAUUCCCAUCAAAAGAGUGUUUCUCAUGACUAUUUUGGUAGUAAGAAGUCUGGUGUGUCAACUGAAUCUGCACAGAAAAAUGGUGCUCCUGAUUCUGGCAAUGGUAGUGGCCAUAAUCAUUCAAAACACCAUAACCAAUCCUCUCAGCCGCCAAGACCACAUAAUCCAGUGACUCCUCGUCCUCACAAUGGACCUGGUAAUUUCCACACAUCAAAUUUACAUAGAAGUAGUUCAUGUCCACCACAAGCUCCACAAGGUGGGCAUACUGGUGUUCCCACUUCACCAUUGCAGUCCUGGCCAAGUGCUCCUCCUCCCCCCCAUCAUGUCCCGCCAGUUAAUUAUCCUGAUAUGAGUCGGCUGAAUAUUUCUGGAUACCCAAUAGGGGCUCAUGACAACCAAGGUUCAAACGUCAGCUACCAUCCAAACUAUUCUGGUGCUGUUCAGCCUCCUUACAAUAAUUAUAGUUACAGACAUCCAACUCCACCUAAUAUAUCCAGCAACAUGCAAAAUGCUGGACAAUGGGGUGCAAACACUGGAUGUUCGCAGCCAUCUUCUGACUCUCAAAUUCUUAUAAGAAAUAUCUUAAGUGCUUUGGAAGUACUGAAGACUGAGAAGCUUGCACCAACCGAACAGCAUAUAUCAGAUUGUGUGCGUUAUGGAGGUGCUAAUCUACCACAAUUUGAUGUUAAGAAGGCUCUUGAAGUUGCCAUUCAGCAUCAAGCCAUCGUAACGAAAAAGUUAGGACUUGUGUCAUUCUUUCUGGGAAAAGGUGAAAAUCUCUGGAAAUGCGUGAAUAUAAUGGAUACCAAUGCUAGGCACUCAAAAGAGACUCUAGAUACUGUUCAUAGGUACAUAUCUACCGCCCCUGGAUGCUCUGCGAUAAAGAACUCCCAAUCAAGGUAUCACGCUGCAACUCUCUUGAAGAAAACAUGCUUGAAACGUCUUUCCCUUGGUGAAGUUCUUCAAGUUUUGUAUAUCGCAACCGAUAAAAUGAAGUGGUUUGUUCCUCACUCUUCAGGCUGGCAGCCUCUAUCAUGGAACGUGACAGUGGCUGAUACUGCUCCAGAUGCUAGUGGAAAAUCCUAGCCUGGCUACAUUUCUCUAAUCAUAUCGGAUGGACAAUUUGAGAUGUGGUAGUUGGUACAAACCCUCGAGAGGCUGUGGUCUGGUGAGGUUAGAACUAAUAUGGUGGCCCAGUCUACGUUUUGCCAAUAUUUCCGUUUCAGAAUGAUUAUCGCGGGUAGUUUAAACUUGGUGUAUGAGCUCAGGUUUCACUAUUAUUACUAGAAUGGUACUUCUGUCGGUUAGUUUUUGCAAUUCGAAGACAUGGAGGGAUACAGAAGGUUCAUGAUCUUUUGUUCAGGUAGUGCAACAAGGCCUGAUUUUAGAGGUUAUGAUCUGUUCUUCCCCAAGUGGGCGUAAGGCAUACCAGGAGUUGAUUUCGAGCUAGCCUGCCGUGGUGGCUCCUGAAGCAGUUGCUAUCCAAGGUGCUCAACGAAGCACCAGCAUAGAAGCUCACUUGUAAGUCUUAAAAUGCAUGGAUUGUUAGAUCUUGUGGGUGGUUCGAUUAACAAUCUUGUACUGGGAACUUAAUCAAAAGCUACCAUUGCUAUGGCUACUGGCACAUAGCAAUAGUCUGAAGAUUGCAUUUAAAAUAUGCCUUCAGCAUAGUUUGCCUUGCCAAACUUGUCAUGCUGUGUGUAGAUACUGUCCCGGUGCUUGCCAAACUUGUCAUUUGAAAUGCCUUAAGCAUAGUUAACUCCAUGGCAUCCUUUUGUUGCCUUUCCCUGCUGAGGAAAGGUUGGGAGUCAUCCCAUACAUUGGGAUGCUGGGGUGUCUUGUAAUAACCAUGAUGACAAUUACCUUCUGUGGUCAAUGUAAAUUAUCUUUAGUUUUU